CUGUGGAUAUGCGAGGUUCACUCUUGUUCUUUAUUUUAUAUGUAAAGUAGUGAUACGUAGAAUUUUUAGUGUUGUUAUUACAAAGCCAAAUUUAAGAGUGUGACGAGGAAUUGACUGAAGGUGAGGUGAGGAAACAAGAUUGGAGGAGUCAUCAUGCCUAACGGGCUGAAUGACCUGACAGACCUUUAUGGGUCACUGAACAUUGGUGGCACGGAACAUGAAGAGAGUAAUAAGGAUGCAAUCCUGCGGAUCAACUCCUUUCUAAACAACUCCUUAGAUCUUCGUAGUCUGGCUUCAGAACAUUCUCGUAAAACUUCAAUUGAUGCGUUAUUGACAGAACUGAUGAAUGGCACAGAUGGGAACAGUGGUGAUAUUGGACCCAAGAAAACUGGCCAGAGUGGGAGUCCCAGUGUUGAUUCCAGUAUUCCUCUGAGUCGUCUACUGGCUCAGAGCUAUAGCUAUAGCUCUGACAGUACAAUUUCACCACAUGUUCCACUCACACCCAGUACCACCUCACAGAUGUGUGGGCGUAAUAAUGUGUUCAGUUACUUGGAUAAUAGCCCACACUCGAGUGGCUCAAGUGGUUCUCGUUACUCGCCAGCACCUGCAAGCAUCACACACCAAAUGAGAGCUUCCAAUACCAGUGAACCUGGAAGCCCAACGAUGGAGGAUGCUAUUCUAAUGGGAUGUCAGGACACAAGUGUAUUCAACCAUGAUAUGAAUGCAAACAAGUUCAAUGACAUUACUAUUGUGGAUCUUGUAAAUUCAUUGAGUCUGGGUAGUAACAGGAACAUGCCCACAAGUCAGAUUGGACACCGCACUGUUGAUGGACUGAUUCGAAAUAAUGGUGGUGUUAACAAUAAUCCCUUGAUGAAUAUAAGUCAGCAUGCAGUACCAAAUACAUUCAUGGGCUUACAACAGCAUCAACCAUUAGGAAAUCUGGGCCCCUUGAACAGUAGCAUCACAAAUGGCUCCAUGAAUUCACAUACACAGCUACCCCAAGGUGUAGAUUUGACCAGUUUGACUCAGCUGCAAAAUGCAUGGAUAACAAGUCAGCUCUUUCCUGGUUUGGUUGAUGGAUCAAGCCUCUUGAGUGGAGAGUCCAAGUCAGCUGGGCCCCUUGUUAACCUACUGGCUAAUCCUACAGAUCCUUACUCAAUUGAGAAGGCUGCAAAACUACAUAGAAAUGCUGCUGCUGUGUGUGAUGCAACUUGCACUUGGAGUGGGCAGUUGCCUACCAGGAUACAUAAAAACCCCAUAUACUCGUGUAAGGUGUUUUUGGGUGGAGUGCCAUGGGAUGUAACUGAGUCUGCACUAAAGCAAACAUUUUUGCAUUAUGGAAAUAUUCAAGUGGAAUGGCCUGGCAAGGAGAACUCUGCCAAUCCUCCUAGGGGCUAUGUAUAUAUUCUAUUUGAAUUUGAAAGACAGGUGAAAACACUGCUGGGAGCUUGCAGCCAGGACAUAGGCAUUGGUGGUAACUACUACUACAAGGUUUCAUCCAGACGUAUUAGACAGAAAGAGGUACAGAUUAUUCCAUGGGUGAUCAGUGACAGUAACUACGUCCGUUGCCCAUCAUACCAAUUGGACCCAGCAAAAACGGUGUUUGUAGGGGCAUUACAUGGUAUGCUAAGUGCAGAAGGCCUUGCAAACAUUAUGAAUGACUUGUUUGGAGGAGUUGUGUACUCAGGUAUUGACACUGACAAGCACAAGUAUCCAAUUGGAUCUGGCAGAGUAACUUUCAAUAAUGUGCAGUCCUACAGGAAGGCAGUUAGAGCAGCUUUCAUUGAGAUAAAAACCCCCAAAUUUACAAAGAAGGUGCAAGUGGAUCCAUACCUUGCCGAUUCGCUCUGUCAGUUGUGUGGCAUGCAGCAAGGGCCAUACUUUUGCCGUGAUGAGAACUGCUUCAAGUAUUUUUGUCGGUCUUGCUGGCAGUUGACCCACCCAAUGGAUGUUCAUGGAGGCCAUAAGCCAAUAAUGAGAAACUCAAAGCUGCGCACUCAAACAACUCUCAGUAGAGUUAUAUAACUGCUAUCACAAUGUGCAGUAUUUAAGUUACAAGGAAAGAAUUUUAGUUUAGUAGCCUCAAAGCAUACAUUGUUUCUCUUGAUGUGGAAUUGAUUAUUUAACGCAAUAAUUUGUGUACUUGGCAUUCCAGCUGUGGAUGUGCUCAUCAUUUAUGGUGAAACUGAUUUUAGUGAUUUUUUUGUAUGCUUAUAUGAUGUUGCUCGACCUAUUGCCAUUGAUGAAGUUAACGGUGUUGGUUUAAGGUUUUACUAUGUGAUAUUGGCAUUUGGUACUGGACUAUGAAGAUUUUCAUAUUUGGAAGCCAGCAGCAUUUACUAGGUUAUUUCCGAGUACUUUUAGAUACUGCAUAAAUGUUAUUAGUAUCAUCCCCAGCAUUUUAACAUAUAAUUGUGUUUAAAGCUGUAGAGAAAAACCUUAUGGCUCUGCAUUAUUUUAACAUUGAAACCUCAGGGUUUUAGUGCAGUCUAGCAGAGCAUAGUUUUAUAUAAAUUUCAGUUCUUAUUUGUGUUGGGCACAAAACUGAAGGAAGU